AUGGUUCUCCUUUGCCCCCGCAUUCAUUUCUACGAGAUCAACGACCAAACCUGGUUCCCUCAAUACCUCCGGGAAAAGGUCCAAUCCUGCCUCACCCUCUGCUGGACCUUCCGAGUCCCUUUCUUGCAGAAAGCUUCGCCAGCCCAGCUUGUCGCCAGCACCCUCUACCGAACGCUCGCUGACGAUGUUACGAAUUAUACCUACGUCGACUUUUGCGCCGGCGCAGGAGGCCCUACACCCUUCAUCGAGAAGGACCUGAACGCUCAGUUGAGCCCACACACACCCGCUUCGCCCAAUAAAACCUCUGCCAACGGCUCCAAAGCGGUAUCGAACACGCGGCUGUCAAAAACUCUGGCACCUACGAGAGGAGAAGUGCAAUUCAUCUUGACGGAUUUACAUCCUCACAUACCAGACUGGACGGAUGCUUCAAAGCGUAGUGAGAACCUGAGCUUUGUAUCUGAUCCGGUAGAUGCUGCCAAUGCACCUUCAAGUCUCAAUGGGGCGGAUGGGAGGAAAAUCUUCCGCCUGUACAACCUUGCAUUCCACCACUUUGAGGACAAGCUCGGGAUGGAUAUAUUGAAGAACACAAUCGAGACUGCUGAUGGGUUUGGUAUUUUUGAGCUUCAAGAGAGGACCUUCUUUUCCCUACUCACCGUCUUUGCUAUGGGACCGUUGAUGUUCGGCAUUACCCCAUUCUACUUUUGGCGCUCACCAGGUCAUCUUUUUUUCACAUACAUUAUACCAAUUAUUCCGUUUGUUCUUGUCUUCGAUGGCUACGUCUCUUCGUUACGCACAAGGAGCGCUGAAGAGGUACAAGCGUUGAUGAAGCAGUGUGGAGCUUCAUGUGAUGGCUGGACUGUCAAGAAUGGGCAGGAGCAGCAUACCUGGCCUACCGGGUACAUGACUUGGGUCAUUGGCAUUAAGAAGUAA